AUGAACAUUUCACUACAGUUUGAACCAUUAGAUUGUUCGUUUUGCGAUUGGCCUUCCGAUACUUAUGCUGUACAACCUACUAAACUCAUUCUUCCUUCUCAUGACAAGACAACACUAUCAACUACUGGAGCGAAAAAACAACAAAAACAAAGUCUUCGCUGUUUACAUGCUAUUGACGAACUUUUACAAACUGAAAGGGAUUAUACAAAUCAUUUGGCAUACUUGGUCGAAGUAUGUUUUGGACAAAUCUUACAAAGACAAAAAUGGAUAUUGGAUAAACACAAAGUGACAAUUAUUCGAAAUGCAAAUGAACUAUUACAAUUCCACAAGUUAUUAUUAUUGGCUUUAGAAGAUGCUUACUUGGAACAAGAUAUCAUUACAAAAUGUGGACAUAUUGCUACUGUGUUUUUGGAUAUGGGAUCAAGUUUUACACUAUAUGAUACUUAUUGUGACAAACAUGAUGCCGCCAUUGCUCUGUGUAACGAAUACCGUUCAAAACCAGAAUGGAUCAUUUUUACUAGAGACUGUGCUACUCCUACUACUUAUCCGUCUGAACAAGUAACAAGACCUUUACAUUUUGAAGACUAUUUAAUCAAGCCUGUCCAAAGAGUUUGUCGAUAUCAACUUUUACUCAAGGAAAUUUUACAUUAUACACCUCGUGGCACUUCUGAAUAUAGAAGAUUGGAUUGUGCAUUGGGCAUGAUGCAAGCUGUAGUGGCUGGUAUUGAUCGACGAAAAUAUGAUCGUGAUACAACGGAAAGAACUCGUUUAUUUAUCGAUCGUUUGGAUUCUUCUUCUGAUGGACGAUUGGACAAGAAUUCUUUGCACUUAUUAGGUAAUCUGGUCAUGGCUGGUGCUAUUGAUGUUACUUAUUCUUCUCUUGGUCAAACAACUGUAUCCUCCUCAAGAUCAAAAUAUUUAGGCUGUUUUGUGUUUCCAACUUAUUUGAUUAUGGUACGACCCAAAAAGGUGACCAGUUACACACCAAAACAUUGGUUUCCUUUACGAUUGGUGGAAUUAGAGGAUUUGCAAGAUAUCAAGGAUCAACGUGAAAAUGCUUUUGUUGUUCGAUGCAAGAAACAUUGUUUUGCAUUUACUGCUACUUGUCAACGGGAAAAACGAUUAUGGCUUACCAAAUUAUCUCAAGCUAUUGCUACUGCUAAAUCACAACCUAGAUCUGCAGAUAACUUUCUUGUAUCUUCACUUUAUGGUAUUGGAAAACCAACAAAAAUACGAACUUCUCGCUCAGUGACAAAUCUUCUUGAUUUUGGACAUUGCAGCACUACCUCCUCAAUUUUAUCUUCAUCGAAACUACCACCUAUACCACAACAUCACAACAACAUCAACAACAACAACAGCAGCAAUAAUAAUAAUAAUAAUAAUAAUAACUACAAUAUUCACUAUUCUCCAGCACCUACUGCAUUGUUCAAACGACAUUCAGCUGAUUUUUCACCACGCACCAAGAAAAGGGAACAACUCAAAGCAAGGAUUCAUUCUGAAGUAUACGUUGGAAAAUUAGAACUCAGUGACCCAUCCAAGUUACAACACCGGCCAGGAUCAAUGGAUGUCAUGUCAACAUCAUCAAGUCAACUCUCACUCAAUAUGAUUGGGAAAAUCAAAAGCAAUCAUCAACAUGCAUUACGAAUAGGAUCAGAUCACAAGCUUCGAGAUGUUUGUACUCAAGAUUAUUUAGCAUCAAGAUCAUGGUCAACUUUAU